AUGGAACCCCCCAGAAAUCGAAAGCAACGGCGAACUGCCGCCGCUGCAGCAACCGAUACCGACUCGUCUUUCGAACCAUCCUCGAUCCCUCUGGCCCACCCGCCCCGAGAAACUGCCUCGAAGAAGAAGAAAGAAAAUGUGAAGACACUAUAUGAUAUAAUUGCCGAAAGACAAAAUGAACUUGGUGGUGUGAAGGAUAUGCCUGCUGGGUCGGGGUUGAAGCCUCAGUUCAUGACGGUCGACCCUGCGUCCGGCAAAAUCUCUGGCGUCGACCCGUCUGGUAUUCUGGGAGAACAAAAUGAGAAUAGGGUUGAGGAGAUUUUUGAUGAGGAAGGCGAAAAAGAGGCAGCAGAAGCAAGUUUGCCUGACAAAGGUUCAACAGAGGCCCAGGAGCAACCUCUCCCGCCCUUCAUCGACACGAUAUUGCUUUCGUUCCCCUUGACCACCUUACAUCUGACGCUGGGCUACCUUGCAGCUCAUCAGUACGCAGAGAAGAUUGUACUUUCUCAACUCGUUCGAGAAUCUGCGUUCAUAGCAUUUCCCAUAUUGACUUUACUUGUCCAUCUAGCCCAUGGACACGUCAUCUCGUUGGGACGCAGCUCGGGGGACAGUAACACCACCGGUACAACAUCGCUCUUUCCUCUGAGCCAGGACAAACUGUCUAUAGCCUUUAUGCGAAAGCUUCUUUUCCCGCCGACCCUGAAGACUGUGGUCUUUCUUUCGCUUGCCAUUUUCCUUGGCAACAAAUUGAUGACGAUUACCAACGAAGAUCCGUACUACGCUGUGAUGAAGCGGGCUCCGGCAAUCGGUACGUUGUGGGUAUGGAGCAUCCUGGAGAUCCCCGUUGGCGCAGCUGCACUGGGAGCGUUGGGACCCCUUGGAUGGGGCGUUUGGUGGAAGGGAUAUGGUAUUUUCUAA